GGUCCCUGAAGGUCCCCACGCUCCGAGCUCGGGCUGUUCGUGGCUGUGCCGGUGUCACCACUUGCCCUGCGACCCUAGCCGAAGAGCCCAGUGCGGGGAACGAGGGAAGAGGCCGGGAAAAGGCUGAGCCCGUGAGGCGCGCAGGCCGGCCGGAGCCUCCGGCAGUGGGGAAGGCGGCGGCGGGGCGCGGGGCCCCCUUCCAGCGCCGCUCGGGACCCGGGCCGGCGAGGACUUGCUCGGCUCUGCGGCUGCCUGGGCCCGGCGUGCUCAGCCUCGCUCCACUAUGCCCGCCGUACUGGGCUUUGAAGGCAGCGCGAACAAGAUUGGCGUCGGAGUGGUGAGGGAUGGCGAGGUCCUGGCCAACCCGCGGCGCACCUACGUCACGCCCCCGGGCACCGGAUUUCUUCCAGCCGAUACUGCCAGGCACCACCGAGCUGUUAUCCUAGACCUACUGCAAGAAGCACUAACGGAAGCUGGAGUAACCUCCCAGGAUGUUGACUGCAUUGCUUAUACCAAAGGUCCUGGCAUGGGAGCCCCAUUGGCUUCUGUAGCUGUUGUUGCUCGGACUGUGGCCCAGCUGUGGAAUAAGCCAUUGCUAGGUGUGAACCAUUGUAUAGGCCAUAUUGAAAUGGGCCGCCUUAUCACUGGAGCCACUAGCCCAACUGUGUUGUAUGUCAGUGGAGGAAAUACUCAGGUGAUAGCCUACUCGGAACAUCGGUACCGCAUCUUUGGGGAAACCAUUGAUAUUGCUGUUGGUAAUUGUCUGGAUCGUUUUGCUCGAGUGCUCAAGAUUUCCAAUGACCCAAGUCCAGGCUACAACAUUGAGCAGAUGGCAAAGCGAGGUACGAAACUCAUUGAGCUCCCAUAUACUGUAAAGGGGAUGGAUGUUUCAUUCUCAGGGAUUCUUUCUUUCAUUGAGGACAUGGCCCAGCGAAUGCUGGCCACGGGUGACUGUACUCCUGAGGAUCUUUGUUUCUCUUUGCAGGAAACCGUGUUUGCAAUGCUGGUGGAGAUCACAGAACGAGCCAUGGCGCAUUGUGGUUCCCAGGAGGCCCUCAUUGUGGGAGGAGUGGGUUGUAACAUGAGGCUGCAAGAGAUGAUGGGGACUAUGUGCCAGGAACGUGGAGCCCAGCUUUAUGCAACAGACGAGAGGUUCUGUAUUGACAAUGGAGCCAUGAUAGCCCAAGCUGGCUGGGAGAUGUUUCAGGCUGGACACAGGACUCCCCUCAGUGAAUCUGGGAUUACCCAGAGGUAUCGGACAGAUGAAGUAGAAGUCACAUGGAGGGACUAGCAAGAUCAGCAGGAUUGCAGCAGUUCCCUAAGUGGAACUUAAAGGACCUGUGCCUUAUUCUCCUUAUGUGGAGAUUUGGCAGUGCAUGGAACCCUCUUUCUCCUGCCAAGUCUGUGGAUUCUACAUAAGGUUUGAGGUCCCUGUGGAACCUCAGGAUAAUGCAGCAAUAAAUAUUUUUGAUUUUUGUA